AUGAGAGCCAAAUUUAAUUCUACUGAUUUCUAUACACCAUUAGACACUUUACUUGAUUGUAUGAUGGUAGAACAAGGACAUCCAAAUGCCAGUAAAAUAUUAUGUGAUAUUUCAAUAUUUCUUGGAAGUUUUAUGGCUUAUGUAUUCCCAUUGAUUGGAGUCUUCGAUUUGAUUUCUAAUUGUAUUGUUGCUAUAAUAUUUCUAUAUUAUCUAGUGCAACAUAAUAGACAAUUUGUAUAUCUAGGUGUUCUUGCUAUAUCAGAUAUUUCAAUACUUAUCACUAUUGGAUGGUUACGUUGGUUUCCUACAUUUGGUUUACCAUUUGCAACAUCAGGAAAUGUAUAUUAUUUCAUUUCAUUAACAUCAACUACUAGUUGUAAAUUGUAUAUGUUCUUUCAAUCGGUUACAUGUAUUUUUCGUGGAAAUAUCUUUCUAAUAAUGGCAUUCGAUCGUUUGUUGUUAAUUCAUAAACCAUUAAUCUUUAGGAGAUAUUCCAAAUAUAUUGUCUGGAUAAUAAUCAGCACAGUCUUCAUUAUAACUAUUAUAAUGUCAUUACCCAUUUCCAUCAAUAGUGAUUUGAUUCUUAUAAUCAAUCGUAAACUAUGUUGGCAUAAACACAACAUUGAUCUCUUAAUCAUUUAUCAAGCUUUAUUUUCAUACACAUGUCUAACACAAUUUUUAAUUGUCAUUAUGAUUGAUACAUUUUUCUUAGUGAAAGUGAUACGUUGGUCACGUGGUCGUCUUCAACCAACGGAUACACAAACAUCAAAAAUGAUUAAUAAUUCACGUAUUAUCACAAUGCUUGUCCUUCAUACUUUUGCAUUUUUAUGUGCAUUACCAUGUGUAAUCGCUUAUCUUUUAACAAUCACUUUACAUCGUCAAAAUCUUCAAAUAUCCGAAGAAUUUCUUCGUUUCUUAUUACUUUUUUUGAAUAUCGGAUGGACUUUAAUUUUUCUUCAAUCAUCAUUGAAUAUUGUUUUGUAUUGUUUUCGUAUUAAUAAGUUUAAACAAAUCUUACUUAAACCAUUAACUACUCAUCGUAACUAA